GGAAGGCGCCUAAAAGGGAAGGAGCGGACUGCGACGUGAUACUGCCAGGACAGACCGCCUUAGCCACAGCCCUUAUCGAUAAGGGUAAUGCAUGAUUUCGUCACUGACCCAAGGAUUCUUCUCCAAGCUUCCAUCAAGCUGUCCGGAACCUCCACGAAGCCAAGCAGCUCACUCCAGUAGCUCUGCGCUUGAAAAUGCUAACGAAACGUCCUUUCUGCGCAUAAACACACUUAUAUACUGUUUUUUUCUAUUCAUAUCUGCUCAAUUCCUGCCUACCUAUCUCCUACUUUCAAACCUUAUACAUACCCCACCAUGUUCUCCGUCAUAAUUCCGGGCAGACCCUGCCUCACAGACAUCGUCGCCGUCGAUGCGCAACCAGGCGGGCAAGCGACAAAAUUCGCUUUUAAUUUCCCUCUUGCGCCUUCAUUCUCCGAAAUUGUCGUUUUCUGCCUCCCCGGCACGGUUUUACCACAGGAUACCGCUGCCGCGAUUUAUAUUCAGUACCCCGGCUCGGAAUUCCGGUUCAUCGGAGCUCUCGCAAACGAGAAGCCCUCUUCAGUUAUCAAAGCGCACCCACCACGGCGAACAGAGGGCCAGGAUGAAGACCAGAUGCUGGACGAAGGAAACUCUGGGAAUGCGGCGAAUAACAGCGCCGCCGUGACGCUGGGGAUAUCAAUCGAACCUGUUCAGGUUGUUGCGCCGCAACUUGCGACGCUGGAGCAGGAAAAGGGAGGAAACAAUGGCACAUCAACAGAUCUCGUACGGCAAACGCCGCAGCAAAAGGGGAUUACGACGAAGGUGCUAGCGCAGCGGAUUAUCGGGAAUGCGUUCAAUUUCCUGGCGAGCUUUGCGGCGUCGGAUUCCUCGGGGCGCGGGCAGGAGCUUGUCCCGAUGAAGGCGUUUCAAGACUGGUGGACCAAGUUUGAGAGGAGGAUUAGUGUCGAUCCGACGUUUUUGGAGAGGGAAGAUCCCGGUGCGAGCGGUUGAUCUCGGCCCUGGAAUAAGCUUCGGAGAAUGCUAUAUGUUCACGAUUAUACGACGUUUUUUUCCAGUGGCUUGUGCUGUUUUUCCAUAAUGUAUUUAGAUACCAUAUUUCCUUUAAGUGGGAGGUGACGCCGUCGUCUAUAAUUCCCAAUGCGGGAUUCUAAUUUUGAACGACAGUCUACUGCUCUAUCAAAAACGCUCAAAGACAUUUGACCACCCAUCUACUCUAGGAGGAACUUCAGGAAUGCCGUAGCAA